CGGCAUGGACGACCCGGACCGCGACUCGACCUGGGAGGACGACGACGACGAGGACGCGGGCCCGGACGCGGGGGGCGGCGGGGACGGCGCCCCGGGGGACGCGGACGACGAGGACGCCGACGCGGAGGACGGGGCGCGGCCCCGCGCGCCCCAGUCCAGGACGACAGGGGCCCGGAACUGGCGAGCCAUGCAGGACACGUGCAGGUACCGGCACCGCUACCCGGACCUGGUGGAAGGCGAGGCCGACGAGGACAUGCCCAACCUGAGCUUCUACAGGAACGAGACCUGCUUCCUCCCCAACGGCUGCCUCAUCGAGGACUUCCUGCAGCACUGGAGGGACGACUAUGGCCGCCUGGAGGACAACCACUCCUACAUCCAGUGGCUGUUCCCUCUGCGGGAGCCGGGAGUGAACUGGCACGCCAAGCCCCUCACGCUGCAGGAGGUGGAGGCUUUUAAAAGCUCCAAGGAGGUCCGGCGGCGGCUGGUCCAGGCCUACGAGCUCAUGCUGGGCUUCUACGGGAUCCAGCUCCAGGACCACCGCACCGGCCAGGUCUGCCGAGCGCAGAACUACCAGAAACGCUUCCAGAACCUCAACCGGCACAGCCACAACAACCUCCGCAUCACGCGCAUCCUCAAGUCGCUGGGGGAGCUGGGCCUGGAGGGCUACCAGGCGCCGCUGGCGCGCUUCUUCCUGGAGGAGACGCUGGUGCACCGGGAGCUGCCGGCCGUGCGGCAGAGCGCCCUGGACUACUUCGUGUUCACCGUGCGCUGCCCGCGCCAGCGGCGCCAGCUGCUGCGCUUCGCCUGGGAGCACUACCGGCCGCGCCGCGACUUCGUCUGGGGGCCCCACGACAAGCUGCGGAGACUCCGGCCGCCGGCCCUGCCCCGCACACCCCCGUCGGCGCCCCCGGAGGGGGAGGCCGGCCCCGGGGACCCCCUCCGUGAGACUGGCGCCCAGGCCCCGGCCGGUGGGCCCGCGAGGGGGCGGGGCGGGGACGGGGUGCCCGCAGGCGCGUCCCCCCAGGAUGCCGGGGCCCUGCAGAGGGACGCGGGCGAGGAGGCUGAGGAGGCUGCGGAGCCGCAGGGCCUCAAGGAGACCAAGAAGCGGAAGCUGGAGCUGAGCCGCCCGGAGCAAGCCCCAGGGGAGCCGGCCCCCCAGAGUGCGGCCGACGUGGAGAAGAUCGCCCUGAACCUGAAGGGCUGCGCCCUCGGUCCGGGCAGCCUCGGCGCAGGGCCCCAGGACUCUGGCAGCGGGGACCCCGGGGCAGUGGAGGAGCCCAGCCCCCCGCCCCCCGGGGCCAAGGUGGCCGCUGAGGUGAGGAAGCGGAGGAAGGUGGACCCAGGCGCCCCUGGGGGUGGUCCUGAGGAGUCAGCCGCCCCCUGCACCCCUCUGCAAUCCUCUGCCCAGUCCUGCCGCCCCGAGGCCAGAGAGGACGAGCGGGGGGUCGAGGAGGAAGCAGGCCAGGACGGGCCGGAGCCGGCGGCCCCCCAGAGCCCGGCGGGAGCGGCGGCCCCUGAGGAAGCGGCGUGCCCGGAGCCCCAGCCCCAGCCCCCUGCCCACGCCGGACAGCCUUAAAGCAGCGGCCGCGGCAGCUCAGCCCGCCCCGGGCUGCAGAGCGUGCUGCCCGCUGCACCCAGCAGCCUGCGCUGCUGACCGCUCCCUGGCGGCCACUGCAGUGGCCACUGGGCCGGGACUCAGGAUCCUCGCCUCGCCCCUGUGCCGCUGGCCCGCCCGGUUCUGGGCGUGGGGGCGAGGGCUCAUUUUCUAAGUCUGGUGCCAAGGCCUUUUCUGAAUAAACCCAUUCAACUUGGAGUGUGUUUGGGUGUGCAGCGGGGCCAGCGGCGUGAACCAGGGCCCCUCUGAGUG